UUGCAGAUCAGUUUUCAACGAGCAUCGAUUCGAAUACGACAAUUCGAAAUUGAAUUACGAAAAAUCGGAAGCAUGAAGCUUUUUAUAUCAUUCACAAUUGCCCUGGUGGCCUUGGCAGCCCCCUCUCAGGCAUUUUUCGACAUUUUUGGACCUUCCAAGGAAAGUGAUUAUGGCAAAAGCUAUAGCACCAGCUCAUCAUCGGGCUAUAACUAUAAUCGCCCCGUAUGGACGGGUUAUAGCAACAAUAAUGGCUGGGGUCAACAAACCUAUGGCUCGGGAUACAAUGGUGGCAAUUCUCAAAUUGUAAAAAUUAUCAAGGUAAUUGAGCAACCCUCCACAAACUAUCAAACAAGAUAUGCCACAAGUGGGGCAGCUUCAGCUUCGACAGCAACUGCUUCGGCGGGAGUUGCAACAUCAGCGUCAUCAUACGGUUGGACACCAAUUUCGGCACCAGCGGCCGUACCAGCCCCGGCUCCAGUCCCAGUGCCUGCCCCAGCACCAGUCACAAAUACCAAACAAAUUCUGGUUACCGUAGCACGUAGUCAAGCCCAGCCUCAACCACUGCAACAAGAACAACGCUCUUAUGUACAACAAUAUCAAACACCCAUUGUAUAUCCAGCUCCACCUAGGCCAACUCAAGUCCAACCCAUUCAGGUCACAGUUCAAAGACCAAUUUCUUAUCCUGUCCAACAGCCCGUUGUCCAACGGCCAAUCUCUUAUCCCGUACAAACACCCGCCGUUCAACAACCCCAACCAAUUCCCUACAACGUGCAAUCGCCUCCUCCAUCAUACACAACAACCGAACAAGUUCAGGUGCAACCCAUACAAUUGACCAUACAAAAAACCAACUCCUAUGUUACACAGGCAACUUCUGUUCAAACUCCUCCAACAACACAACAACAAGUUCAGACCAUACCAUACACUUGGCAGAGAUCCAUUCAAACUUCGGUACAACAACCUCAACCUCAUGUGCAACCCAUACAAGUUACAGUUCAAAAGCAAAGUGAAACGCAAUAUCAACCUCAAAUCUCAACCUCAUGGCAAUCUUCGGUCCAACAAGCCUCUGUGCCACAACCUCAGGUGCAACCUAUCCAGCUGACUGUACAAAAACAAAGUGAAACCGAAUACCAACCUCAAGUCUCAACAUCAUGGCAAUCUUCUGCCCAACAAGCCUCCGUGCCACAACCUCAAGUACAAUCUAUCCAAGUUACUGUACAAAAAGAAAGCGAAUCUGAUUAUCAAUCUCAAAGCUCUGGAGCUUGGCAAUCGUCUGCUCAAUCAUCAGCCACGGUACAACAGCCUCAAGUCCAGCCCAUUCAUGUUACUGUACAAAAAGAAAGUGAGUCUGAAUACCGCCAAGCUCAACUCCCAACUGCCUGGCAGAGUACUGUUCAAACUUCCGUGCAACAACCUCAAGUUCAACCCAUUCAGGUGACCGUUGAAAAACAAGCUGACACGGAAUAUCAUCAAACUCAAGUUCCAACGGUCACACCAGUCGAACACAACGUUAAAACCGUACAAUUGGUUGUAGAAAAUGCUUCAAACGAUGCCCAUGUGCCUGCCUUGACUUAUGGACCACCCCAGGUUGAUUCAAAUGCUGCUGCCUGGAAUAACGAAUCCUGGAAUGAUAAUAGCCAUUAUGCCGAUACCCACACUUCUGGAUGCUAGACGAGUUUUUUUUUCGAAUAGUUAUAUUUAGCCUAAAGAGAUUCGAUGUAAAUAUGUAUGUACAUAUGUAAAUUUCGAUAACAAGUUAUUUAAUACUUAAAUAAAGUUUAAAUCUGUAUUUAUCAAAUC